AUGCGAAAAACCAAUGUUAUUUCUUUUCUUUUCUUAAGCUUGUUUAUUUUACUUUAUAUGUUUGCUUCUGUGAAGUGCGACAAAGCACCUUCAAGCGAAGAACUCAAAGCUCAAAAAUUUCCUCCGUGCGCGGCUUGUAAGAUAUUAGUUAAUAGUUUUAAGAAGGGUAUAGAAAGGACUAGCCGUGAAAAAUUUGAUGGUGGUGAUAGUGCAUGGGAGGAAGAUAAAUUAGGUUCAUAUUCAAAAAGUGAAACUAGAUUGAUAGAAAUACAAGAACAUCUAUGUGAGGAAGUAGAACGUGGUAAAACACAGUGUCAGUCCUUAGCUGAAGAAUUAGAAAAUAAAAUAGAAGACUGGUGGUUUAAUCAUCAGCAGGCAUACCUAGAUAUUCAUGAUUAUAUAUGUAUUGAACAGUUAGAAUCUUGUUGUCCAAAAGACCAUUUUGGUCCAGAAUGUAAACCAUGUCAAGGUUUUCCAGAUAAGAUUUGCAAUAAUAAUGGUAAAUGCAAAGGAGAAGGUACUAGAAAAGGAAAUGGUAAAUGCUUUUGUGAUAAAGGCUAUGAGGGAAAUGAUUGUUCUGAAUGUGCAACUGGAUUUUAUGAAUCCUAUAAAGAUGAAAAUAAAUUGCUUUGCUCUCAAUGUCAUAAUGCCUGUGAUGGAUCUUGUAAAGGACCAGGACCAAAAAAUUGUGAGAAAUGUACAAAAGGGUGGCAUAUGAUAAAUGGACAAGGUUGCUUUGAUAUUGAUGAAUGUAUAAAAAGUAAUGAAUAUUGCCGUGGGAAUCAAUUUUGUAUUAAUAAAGAAGGAGGAUAUAUAUGUUUAAAUUCUGAUUUAUUGGGUCGUAAACAACAAGAGAAUAUUGCAAGAUAUGCUACAUAUUUUGGCUUGUGUAUAGCUACAUGCAUUAUUUUCCAGCGAAAUAUUUAUAUAGCAAGUGUAAUUGGAUUAUUAGUUGGAAUAUACAUAUCAGUUUCAGAAUAUAUGAUAGCUCAUAGUAAUAUCCAAGACACAACAGCAAAUGUAGAUAUUUUAGGACCAGCAUAA